AGGUCCCACCACCCACUCCUUUAACCCCCUUCCCUCUUCUUAUUCCUCCGCCUUCGCCGUUUUCUCUCUCCUCCUAUAUAACCUCCUUAACCGGUGUCGAAUUUUUCUCCACCGAUAUUAUCUCUCCAUUUCUCUCUCCACUUCCUCUCUCUCUCUCUCCUUUUUUUUUUUUCCCUUUUUCGGGGAGUCAAUCUCUCCCCUAAAACCCUAGAAAAUCCUAAAAAUGGCGGAUCAAACCUCCGAAAAAACCCUAGAUUCUACUCCUCCACUUUCCGAUCAACCUCAAUCGAUCGAUUCUCCGACGAUGGAUACCUCCGAGUCAGGCUCGUUGACUCGAAAUUCGUCCUCCAGCAAACUCAAUGCGAAGGCGCCGGAGUUCGUGCCGAAGAAGCCGAUUUCGCCGACUCCGACGAGUGCGAUUUCUGCCGCCGAUCCUAGAGUGAUGAUCGUUCCUCCUCCCCCGCCUCCUCCGCCGGCGAUGGUUCAUGUUUAUCCUGCACCACCAUCGGCGCAGGUUAAUGCGGCGUUUCCGGUUAUUCCGUUGCCUCACUUGAAUCAUCACCAUCAUCAUCAUAAUCAGAAUCAUCCGCAUCAUCAUCAUCAUAAUGAUCAUCAUCACCAUCAUAGAAAUGACCAUCAUAGGAAUGAUCAUCAUCGGAAUCAUCAUCAUAAGCAUCAUCAGCAUCAGGGAGGGAGCAGUGGAGAGCAGCAGGAGGGAGUGAGUCAAGGGGAUAAGGAUCAAGGACAGGGUAAUAAUGCUGUUUCAAGGAGUAAUAAUGGCUUGUCCGAUGAGAAUACGCAGAAACUCAUCAAUCAGGUUGAGUAUUACUUCAGUGAUGUGAAUCUGGCUACAACUGAUCAUCUAGUGAGGUUCAUCAACAAGGAUCCUGAAGGAUUUGUGCCAAUAUCUGUGGUUGCAUCUUUCAAGAAGAUCAAGGCCCUCAUAAGCAGUAAUUCUCAGCUUGCAGCUGUACUACGUAACUCAUCAAAGCUUGUAGUUAGUGAAGAUGGGAAGAAAGUGAAGCGCUUGCAUCCUCUAACUGGGCCCGAUAUGGAAGAGCUGCAAGCUCGAAUAAUUGUAGCUGAAAAUUUACCCGAGGAUCAUUGUCACCAGAAUCUCAUGAAAGUUUUCUCAACUGUGGGGAGUGUAAAGAGUAUCCGUACCUGUCAGCCUCAACCUUCCAACACUGGUGCUUCAUCAGCAUCCAGGCCAUCAAAAACUGAUAAUAUGCUCUACUGCAACAAGUUGCAUGCGUUCGUGGAAUAUGAAUCAAUUGAGCUGGCUGAGAAAGCGAUUGCUGAGCUAAAUGAUGAGGGCAACUGGAGGAAUGGCUUAAGAGUUCGUGCAUUGCUUAAACAUGGGUCUAAAACUGCACAAACACGGGGGAAGAAAUCUGGGAAUGAAGGUGAAGUGACAUGUGAGGAAGAGGAUGCUUCCACAUCCGAGCAAAACCAGAAUGAGAAACCAUCAGAAGACCUUUCAACACAGCCUGAUGUCCACUCUCAGGAGCAUGAGCUGAUAAUUAGAGUAUGCCGUGUCAUUGAACAGGUGGAGGAGCAGACCUUGGAAAAAGAGGGCGGGCAGAAAAAGACCCGUAAUCGGGGCCGUGGAAAAGGGCGUGGAAGGGGUCAUCAUAAUCAUCAUCAGAAUAAUAGAGGAAUACACGUGGGAUCCCCACCUAUUAACAAUGCAAUGAAUGGUGAGCACCCUAUUGUAGCAAAGCAGCAGCCCCCUGGCCCUCGUAUGCCUGAUGGCACCAGAGGUUUCUCCAUGGGCAGAGGGAGACCAGUUGCUGUCAAUACAACAGCUUAAAAGCAAGUUACCUGCCCCCAUUUGGUUGAUUGAGUUCUUUCUAUUUCGUGUUCUUCCAGAGUCUGUGUGUGGCUGUGUGCUGAGUGCUGGGUGCUGGGUGCUUGUGAGGGGGAGAGUUUUGCUUUGUGGGUUAAUGGCAGGGGUUUAGAGCAAGCUAUUAGUUUGGCUUUUAAUCCUAUGUUGUGCUGUGAUUGUCAUUUGCAUCCAGGGAAAAAGAUGAUGUCGAAAAUGUAUUGUGCCUAUUUUUUCUUAUGAAAUCCCCUCUCCCCUUCCGAAAAAAGGGGAUAAAAAAAAAGAAAGAAAAAUGUAGAAAGUAGAACCAUGAACCUCGGAUUAUAUACCUGUAGAGUUGUGAAUGAAGAACUUACAAUGAAAUGCAAGUCAUAUGUAACUUA